AUGUUUGUUGAAAUAUUAUGUAAAUGUACGUCAGAAAUCAAGAAAAAUAAACGAACGUAUGUAAAAUGAAAUCAAGAAAGGAAGAAAAAUAAAACCCGGGAUGCAACAAAAUGUAAUUAGAUUUUUAGUUGAAACUACUUUUUGCAAAAAAACGUCAUUUAACUCUUCUCAAGAUGAGUCAAAGAACAUGUAUAUAUAAAUAAUGAUCGAGACGAUGAAGCAGGAAAUUUGGAGCUGAAAUAUGGAAAAAAUAUUACAUAAUUUGUACAUAUGAAAAAUUAACCAAGAAAGAAAGAUCAUUAGAAAUUAUGUUUAAAAAUUUCCAAUGAUCUACAUUGGAAACUUCGAUGAUAAUAAAAAUUUUCAAAGGUCAUUUUUACAUGUCAAGAAAUAUGAGUUUUUUCCGACUCUGUGUUUUUUGAGUUAUGAUAAUUUGAUGGGAAUUUCGAAAGUACUUUUCUCACGUUCUCUCAAAAGUUCAAGAUUGCGUUCAGAUAAACAAAUUAAAAUAUAGGGUUUGAAAAAUAAUUGCUCUAUAAUUAACGUAGAACAGUUGAACUUACAUUAGACACUGAUUUCGAGAUAAACAAAGUAAACGUAUGAGAAAACUUUAUUGUAAAAUUAUGGAAAGGGGUCGAAUUUUAUAUUAUCUUGGAAGAAGCUAAAAAUUUGAUCUACAUUUUAGAACACAAAAAUGUUUUUUUUUUUUGAAAAAUCUGGGAAUUUGAAAAUGGGAAAGUGACAACAAACAGUCAAAACUGUUGAGCUCUAACAUCGAAAUUUAAAAAAAUUGGCUCAUAAAGAGGAUUCGGGAAAACUUUUUCCUCAUUAUUAAUUUUGAGGAAGUUUCACAAAAAUGUGUAUAGUUUUUUUUCGUGAAUAAGUGAUAACUUUUCAAAGUUAUAGUAGGUAGUAGGAAAAAAUUAAGAUUUUUUGUUUAAUAGUUGUGGGAAAUAUUUUCUGUCUGAAAAUAUUAUCGAUCAUCAUAACACUGGCUACUGUAUGACAGUCUAUAUUUAAGAUGUCGACAGAGGGAGGGGGAUGAUGCUAUUCUUGACUCACGUACUUUGGAUAAACCUGAAGAAACUUUCUCCUCUUUAGUCUCUUUUUCUAGCUAGAGCCCUUAUCCAUUUUAUUUGUUUUCGUUAUCAUCGGCCUUUUCAAUCUCAACAUUCUUCAGCAUUUUUUUUGUUUUGAUUUUCAGAGACACUUCGUGGUCAAUGAUUCACAAAAAGAUGUCUGGUGCCAAAUUGAUAUAAAUACCUCAAAAACGAUACAAUUUAAAAAUAAGAAUACAAAUGUGUUUUUCCUGACGCAUGUUAUUAUAGUGUUUACCGCCUUGCUUCCUUAGCCUUUCAGAUAAUCUCGACCAAGUUCAUAAAUCAGUUUCAUUGACAAAUUGACUCAUCAAUCAAACAUAUAUCAACCAUACUAAAAUCGAUAAGAUAUUUUUUUGCAAAAUAAUUGUUUUCUAAUUCUCACGUUUAUUUUCGACAAUCACAAUAUUUUGAAUUUUGAAAACACAAAAAUAUAUUUUUUCAGCCGAAUUUCUGGGAUCAAAUCAAGUUGUAGUGUUGUGCAAACAGAAAGACAGGCGCACUUGUACUUUGAGCAAAAAAGAAAACCUCGACAUAGCAAGAAAAAAAUGUUUGCCAUUUUGUGAUAAUAAUUUGAAGAUAAUGAAUAAUCAAAAAAUUAUAUUUUAUUUUUCAGAGAAUCACGGAUGGGUGUUCUCGAGUAUUUUGUAGACAAUUAUAUUGUCAUUUUAUUGACAAUAUUUGUUAUUUUGUUGAUUCGAUAUGCAAUGCGACCAUUGAAUAGGAUAAGAAGAUUAGGUGAUGUUGGAUUGUUCUUUGGAAAACCAGAGGUAGGAUUCUUUGUGUGAUUCAAGUCAGAAGAACAAAUUGAGAAAAAGGGGACCAAUUUCCUAUAAUAAAAAAUUUAAUGAACAUUACUGGAGUUUUUCCAGUCUCACGUGUUUUCCAAUCUUUAAUUCGAGACAUUUUAGUUAAUGAUAAAUUUUCAUAUCAUUGAUAUCAAGAAAAUUUACAGCUUUCCGGAGUGUAUCGUGAACGUCAAAUUGAACGACUAAAACUUUAUCGAAAAAUGGGAGAAAUGCCACCAGUAUUUCCAAAUGGUUGGUAUUGUGUUUGUGAAUCAGAAACUCUUGCAAAAAAUGAGAUCAAAGAAAUAACAAUUCUUGGGCAGUUUCUUUCAUUAAUCCGGUCAGAAUCUGGAAAAGUUUAUAUAACUGAAUCAUAUUGUCCACAUAUUGGUGCAAAUUUCAAUAUUGGUGGAAGAGUUGUUAAAGACAAUUGUAUUCAAUGCCCAUUUCAUGGCUGGAUUUUUAGUGCUGAAACUGGAAAAUGUGUUGAGAUACCAUAUGAAGAUGGAAGAAUUCCAGAUCAAGCAAAGGUAAGUUUUCAGAAAAAAAAUAAGCUGCGGAUUAUAAUCCUUGCAAAAACACGUAUGUAUAUAGUUCAUUUCAGGUUAUGACAUGGCCAAGUAUUGAGAUAAACAAUAAUAUUUAUAUCUGGUAUCAUUCUGACGGAUUAGAUCCACAAUGGGAAAUUCCAGAAAUUCCGGAGAUCACUGAGGGAUUGUGGAAAUUUGGUGGAAGAACUGAACACGAACUAAUGUGUCAUAUUCAGGAAAUUCCGGAAAACGGAGCUGAUAUUGCACAUUUGAAUUAUUUACAUAAAUCAGCGCCGCCAGUUACAAAAGGUCAAUAAUAAGAAUUUAAAGUAAAUACAUAUGUGUUUAUUUGUAGGCUCCGAUAUAGUGAAAACCAAUUUGAGUGAUAUGAAUCCAAUUGUUGAACAUGUAUGGAACGGAAAAUGGGAAGUGAAAUCAGAUGAAGAUAAACAUUGCGGUGUUAUGCAUCUAGAUCAAUAUAUGAAAAUAUUUGGAUUCCGAGUUCCUCUAACUAGUAGCAAACUUGUCGCCGAGCAGGUAAUUUUCUAGAAUUCACUGAUUACAAAUUUGUUAUCAGUUUUGCGAAACAAAAAGAAUCAUGUCAUAUUUUUAUAUGAUAUAUUUUAUUUUUUUAUUGUUUGAUCAUGGCAAGGUUUUUUCGGCAGUCAUAAUUGAUGCAAACUGUAGCCAGACUUGAGAUUUUUCAGCAUGGCCCUGGAAUAGUUCACAUGUUAUUCGACUUUGGGUUUUGGGGAAAAGGCGUUGUUUUCCAAACGGUGACCCCUGAAGAACCUUUGCUACAACGUGUUCGAUUCCGAAUUUUUUCAAAUAUUCCUUGGUUUUUUGUCAAAUUUUUCAUGACUGUUGAAGCAUUGCAAUUUGAAAGAGAUGUGUAUAUUUGGUCGAAUAAAAAAUAUAUCAAGAAUCCACUUUUGGUUAGAAAUGAUGGACCUAUCCAAAAACAUAGGAGGUGAGGAAAAACCGCUGGGGCCUCGAAUUUUUUCAAACUUAUUGUGUUAAAUUUUGUGGGUAGCAAAUAACUUUCUGUGUAUUUCGUAACACACUUUUUUCGGGUUCAAACUACAAACAUUUUGUUAAUAGUGAUUUGGAACAAAUGUUUUUCAAUAAAAAAUAUGAUUUAAUUUUUUUGCAGAUGGUUCAGUCAAUUUUAUACCGAAAACAGUCCAAGAAUUGAAAAAGAUGGAACAUUGUCAACUCAAGCAAAAUCAAUUUUCGACUGGUGA